AUGUGCCCAGUGGACAGCUACUGCUUUGGGGGGGUCCUCAAGGCAUGCCCCACAAACUCCUUUGCUGGACAGUUCUCGUGGUCGAUCUACGACUGCACUUGCGAGGCGGGAUAUUACUGGGUGGAAGGGAAUGGGACUGCAGGGGAGGGAUCGAGGUGCGGGGGGUGCCCUGUGGGGAGCUACUGCAACAACAGUGUGAUGCAAUCGUGUCCAUCGAAUUCGCUGUCUGUAGAGCUGUCUUCUUCGAUCUCGGCUUGCGUGUGCAUUAAUGGGUAUUACCCGGCAAACGGGGAUUACACUUGUACGCUAUGCCCUGCGAACAGCUACUGCAAGGAUGGUAUGAUUAUGGGGUGCCCGGCGAACAACUUCUCCCUGGCGGGGUCGUCAUUGCCAACGGAUUGUGCGUCGUUGAACGCAUGCCAGAAAAACACCUUCUCAUACACUGGGGAGAAAAUCAACCUGCUGUACUCAUGCGGAGAUGACGAGAGAUCGUUGUGUUCGAGCACGUGCAGGAUUGGGUCGGCGAUGACACCUGGUUUUGAACGAAAGGGAAUAUGGACAGGGCCAGGAUCGUCAAGCACUGAUGUUCGGGGUUCGUGUGAGCAUGCAUUAGAAGAGCCAACGACGACAGGCUUGGUGACGCAAGAGGUAUCGAUUGGGUGCUACGAUUGCCGAACACCGCCAUUCAUAAUCAUAGACCUUGGGGUGAGUAGAGAGAUUUCUAAAGUGAAUAUCUGGAGUAUAGACAAUGGGGCGUAUUGGAAUCUUGCGGGAGCAGGGGAACGAGUGUUGAUUGGGGACAACCCAAGCGCGCCACCAGACUCUUGCCCACAGAGCUGGGGGUGUGUGGGUUGUUGUAACAACAACAACGGACUAUGUGCCUCUGGUAUCAGGUGGUCAGGGCCUAACCAGAAGAAUGAGAUAUCUUGCAACAUGAAGGGAAGAUAUAUAACGUUGACGACGGAUUGCUUGCCAUGCUCGGGUGGAAACCAGCAUGGGCAAUGGAAAGGGGUACUGCAAUCUGCUAAGGUAGAGCUCCCGUUUUGCUACGACUGUCCGGCGAAUUCGGUAUCGAUCCCACAGUCUACGCGUUGCACGUGCCUUCCCGGAUACAUAGACGCGUUGACUGGGUUGGGGUAUACGGAUAAUACGAAGAGCGCAUGCAUCCCAGACACGGCGUGUUCAGACAUGCCAAACGGGGUUUGGGAUCUGUCAAGUAACCAGUGUAUAUUAUGCCCGAGUGGGUACUACAAGAGUGGUCCACUGGAAUGCGUGCCAUGUCCCGCAGGAUAUGCGCUGAAUUAUUCUGGAGCGAUCUCACAGUCAGAGUGCACUUCGUGUACUCCGUCAUAUUUCAGCGACGAAGCGGGAUCUUUGAUUUGCAAGGAGUGUCCUGUUGAUAUGUAUUCGAACAUGUCGGGGACAUCAUGCGCGUUGUGUCCCGAUGGGUCAUAUCUGAAAAACCCAUUGCAAGGGAGCGAUCAAUGUGCUGCGUGCGUUCCUGGUUACUUUUGUGUGAAUGGGGUGAUGAAACUGUGCGCAAACCACACAUACUCAAACGCAUCGUCGACAGCGUGUGAAUAUUGCCCUGAAGGAUCAUAUUUGAAGAAUCCAUUGCAAGGGAGUGAGCAGUGCUCUAUAUGCGAGGCAGGGAAUUACUGUAGCCUAAGCCAGAAAAGUGCAUGCUUUAAGAACUCAAACUCGACAGCUGGAUCUUCUUUGAAAGAGCAAUGUCGAUGCAACUACGGAUACUACCAGAGUGAGCCAGGCGUGUGCUCUGUAUGCCCGAGGAACUCUCAUUGCCCUGAAACGUGCUUUGGUUGA